CGUCCAAGAGGCUGCUCAUCCAUCCAUCCCAACAACACACUGCGCUGCAACGAGACGCUCCACCAGCUCCGCAGCUUUCUCACGCACACGCACCACAACAACACAACUCUGCACGUCUGCUGGAUGUUGAGAUGCUCGGUUGCGUCUGAUGCUUUUCUUCCUUCUCCCUGAAACGAACGCCAGCACGAUGCCAGAGCCCAGGAUGGAGCGACUGGAUUAAAAAGACAGGCAGAGCAAAUAGGACUGGACCACAAACAGAGGCUUCAUUUUGCCAGCAGUCAACAUGGCCGUGAACAUGCUACCAUCUCCUGCGUGGUCCGGGGAGGAACAACCAUCGCUGCUGGACCAGGACGCCUCUCAGUCGAGCCACGCCUCCGUCUCCUUCUCCAUGCCCUGCCCACAGCUGUCCGUCGGUGAACCCCUCAUCCACGGCGGCAGCAGCCCGGCCAGCACGCGGCCCCCCCGCAGCAAAUCCAAAGGAGAGCUGGUCAUCGUCAUCAACGAGAAACUGCAGAACAGUAAUGGGAUUCAUCCAGUUCCUGCUGAGACCACCUCUCCAGUCAUCUCCUCUCCUCCCAGAAGACAACACUCCAUCUCUUACCCCCAUCACAACAAGACCAGGAAGGGCAGCAGGGCCAGCUCCAUCGGCUACACCGCCUUUUCCCCGAGGCCCUCCAUUUCCCGCCACUCCAGCGUCGCCACCGUCCCGCCCCUGGACCGCACCAAGGUGAAGGACUACCUCCUGCUGUCCGUGCUGGCCUGCUUCUGCCCCGUGUGGCCCAUAAACAUCGUGGGAUUCGUCUACUCCAUCAUGGCCAAGAACAGCCUGGAGCAGGGAAACCUGGACGGUGCCGUGCGCCUGGGUCGCGUGGCCAAGAUGCUCUCCAUCGUCUCACUGGUUGGGGGGACGCUCAUCAUCAUCGCCUGCAUUGUCAACCUGGCCAUAAAUGUGAAAACCUGAGUUUCAUCCCAGGGUGAAACUGGAUAGGACAACUGACCGACUGGCCCUCACCUGCACCACCGUCUUUACCACCUAGUCAUUACCUGGAUGUGUGACCUAUAUACACCCAAUAUACAGCGCUUACUCAUAUUUCUGUAGUCUAUAGAGGUCCUUUUUCGCCAACGGAAGAAAAUGACAUAUGCAAAUGCUGCUGCAUUGAGUUUUGGGGGGGGGGGGGGUUGUCUGAUGUUAGAUGGAGAGAGGGGCAGUCAGACUAAUCGGCCCCUUCUUAUUCACGCCACCACGCUCAGAACGAUUCUCGAGAAAGACACAAACUCUUCGCCGUCCGCAGAACUGACUCAAACCAGUGGGACGAGAAAACCAGUGGAGCUGGUAACCCAACAUGAAACAGGAAGCGACUCAUGCAAGUCCCCACAAAUGUCCGCCAACUCCAUCCCUCACCGCUCCGACAACACAGUUUCAGCUCGCCGUUAAAUCCCCCUCCGAUCCACGGAGACGCUCCUGGAUUUGUGUCACGGAGCAGAGAUUCAUCCUCUCUCCUUCCCGGAGAAGAAACACUUUCAAUCAUCGUACGCCGUCUCCUCCCCGGUCUCCUUCUCCUGACUCCUGCCAUACAUCACGUGUUUGAGAAGCGAGCGUACGGGGGGGCGAGGAGGAUGAAAGAGAGGCUUACCAAGGACUAGCUAUGGCUGCUGAAAAAGGAAAGGGAUUAUGGGAAGUCUUGCACAGAAUGCACAGUCGUCACUGCGAGGAAAACAUGUGCCAAAAAGGAAUUUAGUGUGAAAAGUUUCUCACUUUGUGAAAAAGAAAAACACAACUCUGAUCGUAGAACUGUUGUUGUAGAGGGUGUUUCCACUCGGCUGAGACUUUACUGUAUAAUCACUCGACACCACUGAGCACUGUGACCUGAGAGCGGCUACAUGUCCACCUGAUUAAAAAACCCACUGCAGCAGGAGACUCACUUUACAGUGAAGCCAAUUCCGCUGCGUCAUCUCGAACCUAUCUUUUUGAUAAUGUUUUUUGUAAGCGAUCACUUUGAAACCGAGGGAGAUUUGUAACGUGACGCUCCUCGGUGCCGUGUGUGUGUUGACAGGCGGUGGGAGUGUUGUGUGCGAAUGGGAACAUCACGAUUUGGUUAAACAAAUUUAAUAGCUCGUGAUUGCAGGAAGGGUUGAGGCUCAAUCUGCAUCCACAGAUCGCUGGCACUUGUUUCUCCCAUUAAAAACCAUGAAAACUGUUGAAUUUGAUUAACACUUAACUAUCUAUGCCCUGUUUGUUUGUAAUAUUGUCAGAUGAUGCACAUUUGCUGUGAUAGAACUAAUGUUUACAUCUGGUUUAUUCUGAAUAUUAUUACAUUUCCUGUGUGUUCUAACCUCUAAUCUCUGAUUCUCAACUAAAACAAUCGAGUUUCAUUGACAAUAGAUAAAACUCCUUAUUUAUUUACCGUAUCCUGGAUCUGGAAUCAAGUACAGAGAGUUUCAGACCUGCAGAUAAUUUUAUUUUUUCUCCCUCUGUUUCUAUUUAAUAUGUAAAUUAAUUAUAAUCAACAGUCAAUGUAUUCUGCAGAUAUUAUUCUCAAUAUUGUGAUAAAUCUCUAGUUGGUAUGAGUUAGCAUUAAGUAGUUACGUAGGCACAGGCGCUGCCACCGGGCUAAUAUAAUCUUUGUGGUUACUGGCAUGUUGUGGAUUUCUAUUCAUGUACGACGAUAGAAGCUGAAAGACCUGCAGAGAUAAAGCUGGCACUUGGAAUAUUAUACUUCUGCAGCACAUUCAUAAUAAA